AGACAGGAAGUUUAAACCCAGAAAUCCUUUACUUCAGGGCAAAGUGCACUGAACUUAACUUCCCUUUAUUCCAGCUAGUGGAAGAAUGCUUUAAGUGUCUGACUGCUGUAUGAACUGAACUCUUUGGGUCCAUUUUGUUUUGAAAUUCUUCUGUGGAGGAUUCUAAAUUGCUUCUGUUCUUUGAAACUGCUGGCUGUAACUUAUUCUAAUUAACCCCCAGCUUGCUGGUGGCUUGUCAAGUACAGAAUGCACAAAUAAAUAUACUCCAAGGCCUGAAGGACUGAAGACAGACAAGUCUCCACUUUACAAGAAUGUGUUUGCAUUCUAUGCAUCAUGGAAGCCAAAGUCAACCAUUUACAAAGAUGUCUCAAUGGCAUUUAUAAGGUCAUUAGUGGUGCGAAUAAUAUUUUGUGUGGAAUCAGCCAGCCGUCUGUGUGCAGUGAAGUGGUACGAUCUCCACAGGGAGUUGCUUACAUCUCAGGUGUCAUUGAGGUGUAUAAAGUGGCAAAGAGAGUGGAAGGAGGAAUGAAGGACUUGAACAUCAACAGCGAAAAUCUCCAGAAUUGUCUGAGAGACAUUGAACUAAUGUGGAACAACCUACAAGCGUUCUUCUCAUUUAGUCCUUCCGUGUUACACAUGCUGGGCAAGGUAGAUUCAGUGCUUUACAACAGUUGCUACUAUCAUGCAAGUUGUGCAAACUUUUGGUUAAACUGCGUGGAUUCAAAUUUACCAGGUCUUAUUGCAGUUGAGCGAAGAUCUCAGGCUUUGGAACAAGCCAGUCUUGCUGUUCCUGCAUUGAACAGCAAACAAGAGUUGUACAGGUUGUGAAUACUUUACUCUUCCGACAGCCCAAUGAACAUAAAUGAAUGUAAAUUAUAUUUAUUCUUGGAACUGGAAGAAUUCUUUACAAAAUAAAUAAUUUUGUCAAUGGCUCUUUGUAUUAUAUAUGAGGAAAAAUAUUUUAAUACAGUCUAUGAACAAGUGCAAAAAUAGACUGAAUAAUCAUGCAGAUAGGUUUGGCCACUGUUUUUAAAAUAAGAUUGAAUUUAUCCAUUAAUUUAGUCCAAUAUCAUACUGCCAAGCUUUGCCCACCUGGGUGGGAUUUCUCUAAGCUGGUAUUCCUAUUUUUGCCUGGAUGUACAUAAAUUAGUUGAUAAAUUACUACUAACAUUCUCACUGAUGUGGUAAAGCAUCAAUGCACUUCUCCGUUUUUCAGUCACUGGGCUUGAGUAUUCUAUCUAGCUGUAGAACAGAAGGUAAAGAUCGAUGCGUAGAAGGUAAAGAGCAUUGUGAUAUUGUAAGCCCUUAUCAAGAUACAAGUGGAAAAAUUAUCUUACUGAAAAACAUUAAAAUCUACAUUUCAGAUUAUUUGACAUACAUUUAAGAGUAGGUCAUUCAGUCACUCAAAUCUUAUUAUUCAAUACAUCUCGAGCUAUAUAUUAUUUACUAUGUAUUACCAAGAAUACAUUAGACUGAUUUACUUUAUGUAGUUGCGGCCUACUGUUAAAGAGAGAUAUUUUAAGUAUCUUGUGAUCUAUGAGUAGUCCAAAGAAGGUAUGUACCUUGUUGAAAGACUGCACUAUUAUGAAUGUAGUUUUACUUACUUUGAGCUUUCUGAAACUUCAAGUGAAUAAAAUGAAUGCUUAAGUGAAAGACUAAUUCUCAAACUUUCGCGUGCUGCUUAACUUGAUAAAUUUACAAAUUGGUGCCUGGAACUUGGGCAUUUCAUACAAAAUCACAUACAAAAUCCAUGUUAUUUUGGGUUAAAUUGCACUAGUGAUUAUUUGUAGGUGAAAUGCUCUAGACAUCACCCUGUACAAUUCAUUUCACAGUGUCUGACGUUUGUCUGGUGAUAGCAUCUACCCAGUGAUGCUUCUAUUCAAGUACUGACACUCUCUUCUCUCCUAUGCAAACAGGAGACUUGACACACAAUUUAUGGCCUUUGUUUAGCACCAACAUCACAGUUAUGAGUAGUGUAUGCCCAUUGAUUGCAUUUUUAAAAGGAUCAUGUUGCCUGGACAGUUUUGGAAUUGACUGCCAGUAGUUCAAAGUCCAAAGUAAAAUUAUGAAUAAAAUAUAUAUAUAUGUUAUCAUAGACUACCCUGUGAUUAAUUUUCUUGUACAUGUUCACAGUAGAGAAAAAAAGAAAGACAAUAGAAUCAAUGAGAAAUUUCACACAAAGACCAACAAACAACCUAUGUGCAAAAGAGGACAAACUGUGCAAAUACAAAAAACACAAAUAACAAUAAUUAAUAAAUAAGUACAUAAAUAAUACUGAGAGCACGAGUUGUAGAUUCCUUGAAAUUGAGUCCAUAUGUUGUGGAAUCAAUUCAGGGUUGAGGUGAGUGAAGUUAUCCACGCUGGUUUAGGAGCCUGAUGGUUGAAGGGUAAUAACUCUUUCUAAACCUGGCUCCUGUACCUCCAAAUACCUUCUUGGCUGAUUUCCAAGUAGGUUACUCAAGACCUCAAAGGAAGGGUGAAAUCCAAUAUCUAGCCAUAUGCACAAUAAGAUCGUGCCACAGAUGGGGCAGAGGUCCACCAAGGCACACCCACUUCCACUGAUGUUGCAGGUGCCAUCCUGAAUCGGCCUGAUAUGCUCAGCCGCAAAGUUUCAUUGUGACAUUGAAACAGCAGGGGGUUGG